UUUUAGGGACGUUCUAACAGCCUUGCGGUAUGAAGAUUGUAGCAUUUUUAGUCGGGUUUUCAAGCCUCGUUCUGGGAGCCAACGCAGAUUGCUGUAAAAAUGGCUGGCUAUCAUAUGAGGGACAUUGCUACUACAUCGGUUAUGAAACCCUUUUGACAUUCACUUCGGCGUGGGCGUACUGUGACAGUCGGGGCGCCUACCUUGUGCGGCUUGAGACACCUGGCGAAUAUUUAUUCGUGAAAGAAUAUUUGAAGAAAACUGGAG